CAGAAAGAACAGACAAAAUGCAGGCAGGGCGCAGGACAAAGCACUAGGGACAUAAAAAAAAAAAAAAAUGACAUUUUUUAAAAUUUUUAAAUUUCCCGCCGCCGCCGGCGGCGGCAGCGCCCGUGCGUCCCGACGUCACAGGGACAGGACACAGAAGCCGGAUGCCGGCAUCGGCCGGAGGAGAUGGCCGGGGAUGCUGCAGGGGACACAUCGUGGGAGCGCAGGGUAAGGUAAGUGAAGAACACAUGCCGGAGCAGUGCCGCAGGGUAAGCCCGAGUGUAGCUCGGGGUUACCGCUUUUGGUACUGAAAU